AUGGUUUCCGUCGCAUUGUUUUUACCUAAUAUUAUUGGCUAUAUUCGUGCUAUCACUGGAAUUAUUAGUUUUCUGUUCGUAGACACAAAUCCUAAUGUGUUUUGCUGUCUCUACUUUUUUAGCUAUAUUCUAGAUGCUAUGGAUGGUGUUGCUGCAAGAAGGUUCAACCAAUGUUCUCACUUUGGAGCAGUGCUUGAUAUGAUAUGCGACCGGUUCUGUACGUGUUCUUUAUAUCUGGCUCUUGCCUGCAUUUAUCCGGAAUACAAAUAUUUCAUCAUAGUUAUGCUUAUACUGGAGAUCACAAGUCACUGGAUUCAGAUGUUCUCUGCUACUCUUGUGGGUAAAAGUCACAAAGCGAUUGAUGAAGAGCGUCCGUGGAUUCUGCGCUUCUACUACGUGGUUCCCUAUUCUCUCUUUGUUGUCUGUCUGCUUAACGAGACUUGGAUUUUCUCAAAUUACAUGCUCUACUUCGCCGGUAAGGGAAUGAUUCCGGAGUUCACAAUCCCGAUCUGGAAGUUCUUCAAUAUUGCCUUCCUUCCUGUCUUUGCUUUCAAGCAGAUUGUGUCUCUAGUGGCUCUCUUCGAUAGUUCGAAGAGCAUUAUUCAAUUUGAUGAGGAGGAAAGAGCAGCUAAGAAGGAUUAACGAACUCUUGCU